CGUUGAGCUCAGCUGUCAAUCAAGCUGGCACAAACCCAGGUUGUUGAUUGUACAUGUUGUGUUUCUGUGUGACUGCAGAGAGAGGAGGACUCAGGCUGCGUGUUUAAUCUUCCUGUCAGGAAGGAAGCAGAACCUGCAGACUGUGACUGAGUUAACACAUUUAUCUUUAUCUGCUUCACUACUCCUUUGUUUUUGGAAAUGAGAACGACAUUCUUCCUGCUGCACGCCAUCUCAUGCUGCUUGUUGGUCAGUGCCACUCUUUCAAAAACUGAUGCAAAGAAGUCGCACAAAGCUGAGGCUGAGACAUCUCUAGCUGAGCUGUCUGUGUUGGAGAGAGGCCUCGUUGUGUCAGAUCCGCCCUGGAAAGACAUAGUGAAGGAGGAAAAGAGACACUGGGCUCAGAUCAAGAGAACCUUUCAAGGACCGGUGCUCGGAUAUGUCACCCCUUGGAAUUCCCACGGUUAUGAUGUUGCCAAAAUAUUUGGGGCCAAACUAACCUCAUUGUGUCCAGUUUGGCUUCAGCUGCGCCGGCGGGGACCUGAAACCUUUGACGUUACAGGACUCCACGAUCAUGACCCAGGCUGGGUCAAAGCUGUACGCAAGUCUAACAAAAAAAUCAGGAUGGUGCCUCGGCUGUUAUUUGACGGCUGGUCUUACCAGGACUACAUGAGUGUGCUGGGGAGUGAAGAUGAAAUCGAAGAGCUGGGGAGUGAGCUGGUGGAUGUCGCAAAGACUGAAGGGUUCGAUGGUUUCACGUUGGAGUUGUGGAGCCAGCUGGGAGGUAACAAAAGAAAGGAGCUGGUCCAUUUGGUGAAACACAUAUGUGAGGCUUUGAAGGCAAAAAGAUUAGACUGCAUUCUGGUCAUCCCACCUGCUGUGACGAGUGAAGGGCAGCCGGGUAUGUUUGGCAGGGAGGAGUUUGAGGAGUUGGCCCCUGUAGUUGAUGGAUUCAGCCUCAUGACAUACGACUACUCCAGUGGUGCCAGACCGGGCCCGAGCUCCCCCCUGCCCUGGGUGAGAGACUGUGUUCUCCAGCUUGCUCCCGACACUCACUGGAGGCAAAAGAUCCUGCUUGGACUCAAUUUGUAUGGCCUUGAUUUUGCGGGUCAGGGAACAGAGCCAAUCCUGGGAGGAAGGUACAUUGAGAUUUUGCGAGAAAACAGGCCAAAACUUCUCUGGGACGAAUAUUCUGCAGAGCAUCAUUUCAGCUACAAGAGGAGCAAUGCAGUUAAGCAUGUGGUGUACUAUCCGUCAUUGAAGUCCAUCUACCUGAGGAUCUCUUUAGCUAACGAACUGGGAACAGGAAUUUCCUUAUGGGAAUUAGGACAAGGACUGGACUAUUUCUAUGAUCUCCUAUGAGAGUUGGACUUGA